AGCUGUUACUGGCACUACUAUGUUGAAGGCAUCUCAAGUUGUCAUUCGCGUCGGAUCCACCUACAAUGACCGCGGAGGCUCAGUACACGUGACGUCCAAGAUCGUGGUUCACGAGAGCUAUAACGUCCCUCUUAACGACGUGGCAGUGUUGGUGCUGUCGGACAGUAUAAGCAACUACCGGAGCAGCUCGGUGCAGCCAGCCGUCAUCCCCCCGGGGGGGUAUGUGGUCCCGGACAACGCGUCUGUGGUAGCUGUUGGGUGGGGACGGACUGUUGCGAACUGCAGUAAGUCGUUGCCACUCGGUCUCCGGCACGUGGGGCUGCGCAACGUGGACCGAGACACCUGCAGCGCGCGGUGGGGGGUUCAGGGCCCAGACUCCGUGCUCUGCGCGGCGCUGCUUGAUGUUGGAGGAGCCGGUGUUUGUUAUGGUGACUCCGGUGGUCCCCUGGUGUACAACGGGGUGGUGGUGGGGGUGGCCUCGUUUUUACGUCUUGACAGGCCAUGUGGCGAUUCCUUCUACCCUCAAGUAUUCAUGCGCGUCGCUAGCUACAGCGCCUGGAUCAAUAACAUUGUACGCCAAAACCAGGUAAAGCGCUCGCGCAGCCCCAACUCCGCCGCGGCGGCCCACGUCAACUUCGGUCUGAUGCUACUCGCCUCAAUAUGGAUAAUAUAUUCCAAAAACUGAUAUAUAUUUUUUAUUAAGAACGCAUCGAUGAUGUUUGACGAUUCUCAAAAUUUCAACUGAUUAAACAUAUGUUUGAAUAAAUUUAUAUUGAAAGAUUGGUGUUAGGUAUGGACCUACCUUAUUUUA